GGAUUUUUUUUCAGAUGUGGGUCCUGGCCCUCGUCGUCGCUUUGUUCGGCGGUGUGGAAUCGGCAAAAGUGCUUAUAAUGCCAAGCACUUUAUAUCCUAUGCAUGGCUAUACGAUGAAGUAUCUUGCCGAUGAGCUGGUGCGACGAAAACACGACGUCACAUGGGUCGAGUAUGGCCCAACUCAGUCUAAAACUUCCUUACUGAAGGGAGUGAAACGGAUAUACUGGCCAGUACAAUUUGAAGAUCAAACGCUGAAUGACAUUUUUGUCCACAAAAAUCAUUCUUCCCAUAGCAGAAUAUGGGACCCAAACUUCGAUCUUCCAAACGAGCAAACAACAGCAUGGUUGGCUUCCACUAGGUUAUGCGACAAAGUUCUGAUCAAGCACAAGGCGAAAUUCGAUGAACUGGCUAAGGAAAGAUUUGAUACGGUAGUGGUUGACGAUCUGUACAAUCCCUGCGGAUUGCUUCAGGCUGCGUUGAAAAAGGCUGUCUAUAUCUACUGGAGCUUGACAUCGAUGAGGACCGAAUCAGCCUGGGCCAAUCAAAGUCCUUCUCCGCCAAGCUAUUUGCCAGUACCGGGCACGAAACUCACGGAUGAGCUCACGUUCUUCGAACGCACAUUCAACUUGAUUUCAUAUCUACGACAACUCUACAUUCAUCAUCACAUUGUUCUUCCCAGAAUUGAUGCCGUUUUCCAGAAACACUAUCCUGGUGUUGAGACAGCCUUUGACAUUGAGAGAAAUGCUUCGAUUAAUUUCGUCAACAAUCCACCCAUCUUCGACUUUGCGCGACCUUAUAUGCCAAGGGUGAACUUUGUCGGAGGACUGCAUUGUCACAAUGCAACUGAUCUUGGAGGGGCUCUGAAAGAUUUUGUCAAAGCUGCAAAUGACAAGGAAGGCUUUGUUUUGAUCACGAGCGGCUUCACAGCUCAAUGGAACAAAGCUUCUAUGCGGAUCAAGAACAUCUUCCUCGACACCUUCCGAGCUCUACCGAAUGUGCAAUUUGUUUGGCAAUACAACGGAAAGCCAAUCGAAAACCUGCCCGAAAAUGUGUUCGUACAGUCAUGGCUACCACAGCAGGAUCUUCUAGGCCAUCCGAAAUGUCGUACACAUAUUUCCCAUGGUGGCAUCAACAGUGUCAUUGAGUCAGUCUGGCACGGUGUUCCAACAAUUGGCAUUCCGCUUACUGUAGCUGGCCACGACAAUCUUUUACGGAUAUCAGCAAGAAAGGCUGGACUGCUAAUUCCUAAAACGGAGCUUACAAAUGAUAAGCUGGUUUGGGCGCUCAGUGAAAUUCGAAAGAAAACGUACAAAGAAGAGAUGCUGGUAUUCCAAGAUAUGUUACGCGAUGUUCCAUACACUGAGCUAACACAUGCUGCAUUUUGGGUAGAAUUCAUCGAGAGGCAUCAAGAGGUUCCGCAUGCUCGAUCUGGAGCCGACAAGUUGAACGUGUUCCAGUAUUUCCUUGUUGACGUCCUCUUAUUCCUCGCAUCUGUCGUACUACUGCUGUUUGCCACCGUCUACUACGUUACAAAAACAGCACUGAGAAUUCUUAUCUUGCUAGUAAGAUAUCCUUUCAGAAGGUCAAAAGAUUCACAUCUAGAAAAGCUGAAUGGGAAGAAGAAGACUAACUAGAAGUUUGUCACUACUACGAUUGAAUUGAAAUUUGUACUUAUCUGUGAGAACAAGAAAUGUUAAUAAAGUGUCAUGAUGCUGAUUUUAGUCGUACUUAGAUUGCCUCCCGCACGUACAUCCCCGCUGGGGAGGGAGGGGAUCUGAGAGGGAAUGGGUCAGGUCAUAUCCAGGGUCAAGCAAGAGGUGUGGCACACGAUCGCUGGUUACGAUCCCC